UCUGAACAUGGGGAACUUCUGACUUGAAGCGUGAGAAUAGGCGCUUGCGCUUGACCUCCUAUUGACACCUAUUGGCGAACUACUGGCCUAUGCCAUGCGCUACUGACUGAUAUCGCCUCUUCAGUCAACGACCGCGUGUGCCUCUUACAGCCGUGCUGAAGCGCUUGACCCCCUAUCUUCGACGUGGUUUCAGUUUCACCAUCUGUCAACUGACAAUCUCUUCGACUGCACGGCAGGUUCCAACCGUGGCAUUCUGAUAUUUUGACAGCUUUUCACUGUCCAGCGUUGGCUGAUCUAUUGAAGACUCAGAGAAAGCAGUCAGCUAUUCAUCCCUGUAAGCGCCUGAUGGCCUAGAUUGGCAUUGUUCUUGGGGUCUGAAAUAGCCGCCUCAAUUCUCGAUCCUGUCUGCACAUCACGCUCGCAGUUCCGCCAAAGCCUACUGUAUAUCCUCUUUCGACCUCCGUUAUUCCCUCGUUGGCCUCGUCGGCAGAUCAUUACCACCGUCGUCUCAGAAAUAUCCUUACACCAUGUCUGACGCGUUCAAGGCCCGGACCCUGAAAAGGAAGAAUGUCAAAGGACUGGCGUUGAAUGCACCUGCUCCCCGAACAGCCCCCUCCGAUGGCGAUUCACAGAUACCCGGGGCGCUUGGAAAUACAGAGAGCGACCGAACUGAUACUUUGGAGAUCGGCUUGGAAUUCAAACUCGACCUCAGAAGUGAAGAUCUGAUCGUGCUGAAAGAGUUGGGUGCCGGCAAUGGAGGUACUGUCAGUAAAGUCAUGCAUGCUUCGACCAAGGUGAUUAUGGCAAGAAAGGUUAUUCGAGUCGAUGCAAAAGAGAACGUCCGCAAACAAAUUGUCCGAGAGUUGCAAGUUGGCGCCGACUGCAGUUCGCCGUACGUCAUCACAUACUACGGAGCUUUCCAGAAUGAAGCCCGUGACAUUGUGCUCUGUAUGGAAUAUAUGGAUUGCGGAUCCUUGGAUCGCAUAUCAAAAGAUUUUGGGCCCACACGUGUCGAUGUGCUGGGGAAAAUUACAGAAUCUAUUCUUGGAGGUCUGGUCUACCUUUACGAAGCCCACCGAAUCAUGCACCGAGAUAUCAAGCCGUCAAACGUCCUGGUCAAUUCUAGAGGAAUGAUCAAGCUAUGUGAUUUUGGCGUGGCUACAGAGACCGUCAACUCAGUAGCCAACACAUUUGUCGGAACGUCAACGUACAUGGCACCAGAACGAAUUCAAGGUGGCGCAUACACCAUCAAAUCUGACGUUUGGAGCGUGGGUUUGACUGUGAUGGAACUUGCAAUUGGGAGAUUUCCAUUUGAUUCAAGCGAUUCUGCCGCGGGCGACAGAGCCAGUGCUGGACCAAUGGGUAUUCUGGACCUUUUGCAAACUAUAGUCCACGAGCCGGCACCCAAGCUCCCAAAGAGCGAGGCUUUCCCGUCUAUCCUGGAGGACUUCGUGGCCAAGUGUCUGCUCAAAAAUCCAGAUGAGAGACCAACUCCCCGAGAGCUAUAUGAUAGAGACAACUUUUUGCAGGCUGCGAAGAGAACGCCUGUUGAUUUGCAGGAAUGGGCGGUCUCGAUGAUGGAACGACACAAUCGAAAAUCCUACUUGGCCCCUCCUGCGCCUAAAUCAUUGAAGAGUGAUGGGACAAGCUCGGACAGCUCUCACCCAGCCUCGUCGGCGUCGACAGCCUCAUUUGCAGGCGAUCCUCGUGGCACCCCGGUGACAGCCAAGCAAUAUGCAAGUCCAACAUCUGGCAGCAUCCCGGUAGUACCACCGCAAUUUGGCUUUCAAGGAACACCAACCGGUAUUGUGGAGAGAUCGCCGCCGCCACCGCUAUCUUUGCAGCAUUUGUCGUUGGAGACCCGGGAUGCGCCCAAUGGACUUGGUCCUCGUGCUAAUCGCAUGGGGUUCAACGACCGUGACAAUAUUCCUGAGCCUGCUUCGGCUAUUGAGCCUUCUCAAAGACCGAUGUUCCCACCGAGGACAAGUAGUAGUGGGAACAUCAUCAACGGCAGAAAUCCGUUGAUAAGUCCAGCGUUCGUGCGUCAGCCUCCACCGACAGGUCCAUUACCGGCUCCUCCGAUGAAGGACCUACCUGCGCCGCCGGCAUUAAAGAGUGCAGGAAUAGCUAGCCCUCGUCGACCAAGAUGACAUUGUUGAAGAGCAAAUCCUCACAGUUGGCUUGGAAGUCAGCUGCAUCAAGCAUAUCGUGGACAAAAGAGGAACUAGGGUAUGGGCAUGGGUAUGGGCGUGAGUUAUAUAGCAUUUGAUCCCGGCGUUUUCACCAAGUACACUGUGAGCAUUUUCGAGCUUGUAGAUCUUGAACAUGGGAACAAUUUAUGGGGAUCUCUGGUUCUUCGAGGUUCUAACUCCCCGAUUUAUAUGGUGGCCG